AUGUCAGGAACGUUGUCACGAGCGAAAUUACUUCGACAGUUAUACCCAUACAAACCACCUUCAACAUCGAUAGAUCAUCUGGUAAUAGGUGGAGGUGUAGUCGGAUUAAGUGUAGCUGCUUCUUUGGUCAAUAAUGCAGGAAGGGACAAGACCACUUUCUUAGUUGAGCGUAGAGGUCAAUUAGGUCAGGAAACUACCGCGAGGAAUUCAGAGGUCAUACAUUCUGGCAUAUAUUACCCACUCGGGAGUCUGAAAUCGAAAUUGUGUAUACGAGGUAGAGAUUUACUGUAUGAUAGAUGCAAGAAACUAGGAAUUGGGUAUAAGUAUACUGGCAAGAUCGUCGUAGCUACCUCAUCAUCACAGAUACCAUACUUGCAAAAACUUCAAAAUCAUUCACAACAUCCUUCAUUCCUUUCGGAUCCAUCUGAUCCGUCGUCAUCGUCUUCGAUACAAACUGUCUUUCUAUCAGGUGAUGAAGCUCGCGAAUUAGAACCUGAUUUAUCGACGUCUGUAUGUGGUGGAUUGCUCAUUCCAUCGACUGGGAUCGUUGAUUCUCAAGGAUUAGUAGAUAGCUUAUCUCGUGAGAUUGAAGAAUCAGAAUACACUCCUUCUGGAAAUGAUGAAAAUAGGGGAGAAGGUGUGAUAGUCCUAGGAACACGAGUAGUCAGAAUUGAUAAAGAUCCAAAGGGAGGUUGGGUAUUUCAAUUGGAAACGAAUUGGGAAGGUUUAGACAAAGGUCAAAAAGGUGAUGUAGAGAGCGUUAAAGCGGAUGUUUUAGUGAACGCAGCUGGAUUAGGUGCUGUAAGCUUAACCGAAGGUGUAGUGGGUGAAGAACAAGUAAAGAUGUAUGCUGUUAAAGGCAACUACAUGUCAUACAAAGGUCCAGGAGUAGGCAAAGUCUCGAGAUUGAUUUAUCCUUGUCCCAGUGCCAAUAUCGAUCAUCUCGGUACACAUCUGACAGUAGAUCUUGACGGACAUAUAAAGUUUGGACCGGAUGUUCAAGUGAUAGGAUCAUCAGAAGAAUCAAGUAUAAAUCCCGAAUUUUGGGAAAAACAUCUAUCACCAACUGAUUCAAGUGAAUUAAUAAAUUCAUUUUCUAAAUCAGUUCUGGAUUAUUUACCCAAUAUUGAUCCAUUGAAUCUAAAACCUGAUUAUUCAGGUAUAAGACCAAAUAUAGCACCUCCAGGAGCUGGUUUCUCUGAUUUCCUAAUAAGACACAAAGACGAUAGAAAAGGAUUUAUCGAAUUAUUAGGUUUUAAUUCUCCUGGAUUAACAAGUAGUUUAGCUGUUGGCGAACUGGUUUCUGAUAUGGUCAAUAAACAGAUCUAUGGGAAACAUCCUAAAAUCGGUAAAGGUAGAGAAAAGAGAUUAGAGGAAUUAGCACAAGGUUGGGAAGCGUAA